AUGAGUGCUCACGACCUUGAUAAUGCCCACGAUGGCGUCACCGUCCAACAUCCCCCGGCAUCAAAGGAUACAGAGCCUUCUACUGAGGACCCUCUACAAUCGAUAGUGACUCCCCUCAAAUUCCAAAUACCUGAAGAUUGCCGCACCUUCUCGCCCUUUCCUCGCCUGCCGCCAGAGAUACGUGCCCAGAUAUGGCAAGCUACCCUGGAGACUCCUGGCAUGCACUUUCUCAAAAUCGACACCGACUGGCACCCGUCAACAGGGCUUGGGAAGUGGUGGCUCAAAGAGCCGAUGUUCCUCCACGCAACUGCUGAAGAUCACGAUGAGGACGUCGAUUCUAUGGCACUCGAGGUCAGAAGGGAAACUCGCCCUACUGCCAAGGUGUAUGGUACACUGAAGCCUCUCUACCCCACUCCACAAGCCGAUAUCUCUUAUUACACGAAUCUCCAUCAACAGCUCACCAAACUUUCCGUCACAUGCAACGAAGCUGCUGCCGUAGCCAAGUCCCUUACAAAUAGGUCUACAACUUUCCGCCUUAACACUGGCCGGAUCGUUAGUCUCAACGCCCUCUCCGAUGUUAUCUAUCUUGAAUACGUCCCACCUGAGGUCUACGAAGACAGCAUACGCUUCAACAAGGUUUUGAACUGCUCGGGGCUCGAUCAAAUUCGAAAGGUCGCGGUCAGAUAUUGCCACAAAUGGUAUGAGCAACAAUCGCCCAGGCGAUGUCCAAACUGCGGUCUGAUCCACAGCACUCCUGAUAAAGUCAGGUAUCCGAAGCACUUGUACAGGUUCUUGGCCCAAUAUCUCCCCAAUCUGGAGCAGUUCUUCUUUGUAGAUUACCUCAUUCUACGGAAAUCCGACCUCAAUGCUGCCACAGAUCGCCACGGGUUCCAGAGCAACUUGAAAGGUGAGUUAUGGAUGACGAAAGCUCGAGACGAUCCCACUGACUUUGUUCAAGCGAAAGCCGGCACAUGCAGGUUCGAGGGCGGGAACAGAAGCUACUUCGAAGCGGAUACGCAAGAUUGGACUAUCAGCUCCAGAGUUCUUCAAGUCAAAUCCUGGCUACAAGAGAACUUUGUCAAAUACGCCAAGUCGAGCAGCCUGAGCGCCCACAAGAACCCAGAGCAGGUCGAGUUUGGCGUGCUCGCUUGCGAAUGGAAUGUUGAACCACCAUCAGAACCAAAGAAGGCACUGGCGACACCGAUUAAGAAAGGAAGAAAUAAGAGGGCCAAUAGCGAGGAGCACACUUUAUCAAGGACGAACCGACGAGGAUCGACGCCAACGGUAUCACGUCCUGUUGCCGAUAGCCUCCCACUCGACGUGGCUAUCAAUUUCCCGUUCGUUUUCGACGCAGGUGGCAGCAACCAAUUUGAAUUCACCUUCUCUAUGUCCCUAUAA